AUGGAGAACACUUUUCCCUAUGACAGACCAGAGAAGUCUGGAUCUAAUUAUUCGUUUUUGUCGUCGACGAAUCUGAUUUAUCGAGAACAAUUACCUCCUCACUACAGCUUGCCAACAUUGGUGCCUCGCUAUUCUCCAGAAUUGAGAGGACUAAACAACAUAGAUAAUGAAGAACAGAUCCCCGAUAUAAACUUUCGAGACGCAUUUCCGAAGUUUGAUAUUGAUCUUUCUCAGUACUAUCCAAUUGAUACGGGGGAGAAGAAUCAAAAAUUGAGGAAAACAUACUCUGAAAAUGAAUUAUCUAAAUACGACUCUAAGAAUGGUAGAAGAAAAUCGAUGAACGCUAAUUUAGAAGGUUCUUUGGUAUCCUGUGGGGAAGAUAAAGACUUGACAUUCAAAGUACCCAGAAAUAUCAUAAAAUUAAACAAGGAAGGAAUCUUUGAUGAGUAUAUUCCAAACUUUGCGGAUUUUAAUUUGGGUAAAUUUGGCAUAUAUGAGAAUGCAAUCUCGGGCGAGGACAAUGAGUGGGACAUUAAUCAGUUUAGUAUUGAAAAACAGGACAAUGGCCUUGUGCAGAAGCACGAUCUAAUUUCUGAAGAUGGGUCUGAACUAAGCCAGCAAGUUACUGGAUCUUUUAGAGAAGUAAUUCAUAAUGGCGACGCCUCUACUACCGAGUUUGUAACACACAGAACCAAACCUAUUGAAAUCGGCCACAUCAAGCCCGAUAAUGAAACUGAGUACUUUGAGGUCACAGAAGAAUUCUUCCAUAGAGCAGCUUCACCUGAGAGAGAAAGUGAUCGCUUUGUAAUUUCGAGUAUACCCAAACAUUUCCAAAGUUUGUCAUUCAGCUAUAGGAAACAGAUGCUAUUUGACUUAUUACCCGAGAAUCUAAAGAACGAUGUAGACUAUCGCAACCAUAUUACCAAAAUUUUGAGGAAGAAUUCGUGUACUUCAUUGUCAAACAGUUCUAUCUCUUCCAUGUUUACACCAAGUAAAGCCUAUCCGAACCAGAUAGAACCAAACACAAACGAAAUGGGUUCAAUAUUAAUGGAUAACUGGAAAGUUGGAAGAGUCAUUAAUAGAGGGAGGUUUGGCAUUGUAAGAGAGUGUUUUAACAUUAAUGAUGGUAAAGACAUCAAGGCAGUUAAGGUGAUACCCAUUCAAAAAAAUGUGAAACUGUUGAGAAAGUUUCAGUCUGAAGUGAUUAUUUGGUCUAGACUUCACCAUCCCAGCUGUGUUCCAUUGUUGGAUCUUAAAUUCACUUCAAAUAAUUUGUUUCUCCUGAUGCCUCUAUAUGAUGAAGGUUCUUUAUUUGAUAAGGUUAAGGAUUGGGAGAAUCGUUCCAUUUGUGUUAAUGAACGGUUUUCAGUGACUAUUUCCUACUUAAGAGGAAUUACGGAAUCUCUAAAGUUUAUUCACAGUGUAGGGAUUCAUCAUGGUGAUAUAAAACUAGAAAAUUACGUAUUGCAUAAAGGUGUCCCAAAAUUAUGUGACUUUGGAAUGGCCAAUUACGACUUAAAUUAUUCUCCGGACUUUUCCAUUCCAGUACAUUUAGGUGAAAAAAUUCAUACUGAAAUCAAGCGUGUGGUAGACUCGUUUUCAGCAGAAAACCUGUCCAAGAUAAUUUUAAGUAGUGCCUCGACAGAUACUUUAACUAACUUGAGACGGGAUCGCAGCUUCAACCCCAGCUCAAGUGAUCACUAUCUCGAAAUUGGCAAUAGAGUUCGAAUCACAUCAAGUGAAAAUCUGUAUGGACAGGAGAGUAACAUUGGUUCCUUGCCUUAUGCUGCUCCGGAGCUUCUUCAACCAUGUCCUAUAGCUUCGGAUCGGAAGGCAGAUAUUUGGGCAUUCGGAAUUAUGAGUUUUGCGCUGGUGACUUUAAAGCUACCCUUCUGGCAUGUUUACGAGCCUAGGUUGAAACUCAAAAUCUUGGAUGGCAAUUGGGAAUCUGAAGAAUGGAAAAGCCUUAUUUUAGCUUUUCCAGAGCUAAUAGGUAUCGAUGGGUUAAUUAGAAGGUGUUUGGUGGAUCGUGAAACAAGAUGCGAUAUUAAUGAUAUACUAGAUAUCCUUAGUAUUCUGUGA